GAGACAACGUUGAUGGGACAAUGGCUAAUAGUUGUCCCGACGGGACAACCAUUUGCCAUUGUCCCGUUGCAGUCACGUGAUUUUCCUGAAGUAGGCGUGACCUUAUAUUGCGCGCAAUAAUAAGCCUGAACCCACGUCUGAACCCACCUUUAGUAUUGGAAAAUGGAAAAUUGGAUUAGGCUUCCCCAAUACAACUAGAUCCGUGCUAUUUCAUCAUUCAACAAGUAAGGUUGCUUGGCUGCUCUGAAUUUCCAGCAAAGCUCGUUCGUACUAAUGGCUGACAUGGUGAAGGAUGAGAAAUGUAUAUUCUGCUCUAUUCAAGAGUUCCCAACUGAAAAAUUAUAUGAAGAUGAAGAAUAUUUAGCCUUUAAGGAUAUCAAACCUGCUACAUCUUAUCAUUAUUUAAUCAUCCCACGAAAUCACAUAAAAAAUAUCUCUAAUUUAACAUCAGCAGAUAUUUCUCUUGUGAAAAGAUUAGUAGAGAUUGGUGAAAGAGUUUUAAAGAAUAAUUCUGCAAGUGUAUCUGAUGCAAGGUUUGGUUUCCAUGUACCGCCAUUUAACAGCAUUCAACACUUACAUUUACAUGUUAUAUCUCCUGUAAAUGAAAUGGGUUUCAUUAGUAAACUGAUAUUCAGGCCUGACUCUUACUGGUUUAUAACUGCAUCUACUUUAAUUGAGAAAUUAAGUAAAGGUUGCCAGAGAGAAGACUAAUAUAUUUCUGUUUGUAAAUGUCUAUGCUAUUUUUGUAGCAUUAUUAUUUAAUAAAGUUAUUUUUUUGUUCUA